UCAGCAUAGAAAAAGCACCAUAGAGCGGACACACUUUUGCCCUCAUUUGCACAAUUUUCCCGUGCACCCAGCAACUUAAAAUCAACAUCGAUCCCGUUUGGGGCACCGCUUUUACACACAAGGCGCUUAAUUUAAUGUUUUAUGUCUUAACGGCGAAGAUAUUUUAUCAUUUAAUACCUGCAUUUCCCAGGUUGCUCCAGUCGGUGGCGGUGUCACGGAGGUAAACCGGCGAUUUCAAACCACAAGCGGGAUUGCAAGGCUGUGAAAACUUGAAAAUGGAGUUUGAUGCCAGCGUGUUAAUGCACCGCACCGAUGAUAUAAAGCUGGCGAUGGAGGCGGAGCGCAGGAGCCUGAUGACUUUACACUGCGAGCAAUGCAACACGGUUUUGGGAGACUCCCUCGGCGUGUGUGGGGAGCUGAAAAGUCUGGACUCGAUCCUGUGCCUUAAGGUAACCCAUGAUGUGAUUAUCAGUCAAGACAUGGAGUCAGUGCUCAAGGGGGAAAUGGCUCAUUGCAUCUGCAGUUCUCUGAAAUGUUCUGGCUGCCGCCGUGUUUUGGGAACAGUUAUCCACUCAGCCCCGCAGCAUUUGGCCAUGCUGCGCUCCAUCUUUCUCCUCCACAAAGCAAACAUCAGCUGCUACAUCCUCAACAGCAGCACAAUGGUCAAAGCCUCUACGCUCAGCUUUGACAUGAAGCCCAUAGGAGAAAGCAUAAACGAGGUGCGACGGCAGUUCCAAGCCCAGUUUAAUCAAAUGUCACGCAUCAAGAAAAGGCUCGCUGAAAGGAGCGCUGCCAGUGAAAUGCACUAGCCGCCUGCAUAUGCUGACUACACUGUAUCCAGCUCUGGGAUUUGGCCCAGCGUGCUCUGCUCUCCAAUCUGUUUCUUACUGUAGACGAGUGUGUGUGUGUGUGUGUGUGUGUGUGUGUGUGUGUUGGCGUGUACAGUGUUUUGUGUUUUGCAUUAAACAGCUUUUGUUGCA